GGAUGGGGGUGCCGAGCCCUGACCUGGAGCCGAACUUGCGAGUCCGGCUUGUCGCUGGUUGCUGAGUUUUCUGGGAGUGAAUGUCCGAUCGUUUUGCCCUCUAUGUAGUGUGUGAGGUGGUGGUAGGUUUGCUAGAAGUAGUCUUGAAGGUCUCUUCUACCUGUGAAGUCUGUUUCAAAAACCUGACAUCGUCAGGGACAGUUACUUGCUUUUUAAAGGAGGUGAUUGUCAUCUUUUUUUUCAAAGAGGAGACUCCUGACCUUAAAAAGUCCGCGUCGUCUAUUUCGACCUGCCAACUGUGUUUACAAGUAAUUUUUUUUUCAUCAACAUAAUUUUUUGAAACUUUACAAUCUAAUCGGGAACUGUUUAGGUGUGCGAGGUGAACAAUUUAUUUUCUGGUGAAUUAUACUUUAAUGCACUACAGGUUGUAUACUACGGAUGGAAACUAUUAAAGUUUAUAAUGUCAAAAACUUUUCUUAGACCAAAGGUAUCUUCCACAAAGGUAAUAGACUGGGUAGACCCAGCAUUUGAUGAUUUUUCAGAGAAUACAGUUGUCUCUACUGCAACACCUUUAGGUGUGAAUAACUCAAGUCAUAGAAGAAAAUAUGUGCCUCCUGCAUUAGAAAGUAGCAGAUUUCCAGCUAGAAAAAGAGGAAAGCUAUCUUCCUCAGAACAGAUUUUUGGUCUAGAAAACUCAAAAGAAUAUCUUUCUGAAAAUGAACCAUGGGUGGAUAAAUAUAAGCCAGAAACUCAGCAUGAGCUUGCUGUGCAUAAAAAGAAAAUUGAAGAAGUUGAAACCUGGUUAAAAGCUGAAGUGUUGGAAAGACAAUCAAAACAGGGUGGAUCUAUUUUAUUAAUAACAGGUCCUCCUGGAUGUGGAAAGACAACAACUAUAAAAAUACUAUCAAAAGAACAUGGUAUUCAAGUUCAAGAAUGGAUUAAUCCAGUUUUACCAGACUUCCAAAAGGAUGAUUUCAAGGACAUAUUUAAUUUUGAAUCAAACUUCCAUUCAUUUCCAUAUCAAUCUCAGAUAGCAGUGUUCAGAGAGUUUCUACUAAGAGCAACAAAAUAUAACAAAUUACAAAUGCUUGGAGAUGAUCUGAGAACUGAUAAGAAGAUAAUUCUGGUUGAAGAUUUACCUAACCAGUUUUAUCGAGACUCUCACACUUUACAUGAAGUUCUAAGGAAGUAUGUACAGAUUGGCCGGUGUCCUCUUAUAUUUAUAAUCUCUGACAGUGCCAGUGGAGAUAAUAAUCAUAGGUUACUCUUUCCCAAAGAAAUUCAAGAAGAGUGUUCUAUUGCAAACAUUAGUUUCAACCCUGUGGCACCAACAAUUAUGAUGAAAUUUCUUAACCGAAUAGUGACUAUAGAAGCUAAUAAGAACGGAGGAAAAAUUAUUGUCCCCAAUAAAACUUCUCUAGAAUUGCUUUGUCAAGGAUGUUCUGGUGAUAUCAGAAGUGCAAUAAACAGCCUCCAGUUUUCUUCUUCAAAAGGAGAGAGCAAUUUGUGGCCAAGGAAAAAAGGAGUAUCAUUAAAAUCAGAUGCUGCGCUGUCAAAAUCAAAGCGAGUCAAAAAACCUGAUAGGGUUUUUGAAAAUCAAGAGAUUCAAGCUAUUGGUGGAAAAGAUGCUUCUCUUUUUCUCUUCAGAGCUUUGGGGAAAAUUCUGUAUUGUAAAAGAGCACCUUUAACAGAAUUGGACUCACCUCAGUUGCCAUCUCAUUUAUCAGAGCAUGAGCGGGAUACAUUACUUAUUCAACCCGAGGAAGUAGUAGAAAUGUCUCAUAUGCCAGGAGACUUAUUUAAUUUAUAUCUCCACCAAAACUACAUAGAUUUCUUCAUGGAAGUAGAUGAUCUUGUGAGAGCCAGUGAAUUUCUCAGUUUUGCAGAUGUCCUCAGUGGUGACUGGAAUACACGCUCUUUACUCAGGGAAUAUAGUACAUCUGUAGCUACAAGAGGUGUGAUGCAUUCCAACAAAGCCCGAGGAUUUGCUCAUUGCCAAGGAGGAGGAUCAAGUUUUCGACCCUUACACAAACCUCAGUGGUUUCUAAUAUUUAAAAAGUAUCGGGAAAACUGCAUGGCAGCAAAAGCACUUUUUUCUGACUUCUGCCUACCAGCUUUAUGCCUCCAAACUCAGCUGUUGCCAUAUCUUGCUCUGCUAACCAUUCCAAUGAGAAAUCAAGCUCAGAUUUCUUUUAUCCAAGAUAUUGGAAGACUUCCUCUGAAGCAACAUUUUAGAAGAUUGAAAAUGGAAGCCCUGAUGGACAGAGAGCAUGGAUUGAUAGACCCUGACACUGGAAAUGGAGCACAGACUACAGAGGAAAAUCAGGGUGAACUCACUCAGACUGCUGAACCAGAAAUUCUUCCUUUGAGUCAGAAUAGUGGGAGUGAACUGCCUGCUAGCCAGCCUCAACCUUUUUCCUCCCAAGUGGACAUGGAAGAAGAAGAUAUAAUAAUAGAAGAUUAUGAGAGUGAUGGAACAUAGAAAUCAGCUUUGACAGAUUCAAGUAGUACUUGAACAGAGUUAAUAUACUUUUCUGGUGAAUUAUAGACAAUUUAAUUAUUAUUAUAGUAUUUCAUCACAAGCAACUUGACUCUUCUGUCAUCUUGAAUUAAAUAGAAAAUCAAACAUUCAAGUACUCUUCUUAACUUUUUUUUCUCUAGUAUUUAUUUAGUCUUGUGAAUGGGUUAGGGGAAGAUGAUCAGUGUGUAUUGUUUGAACAUUAUGCCAAAUAUCAGAAAAUGUGAAGGAAUCAUCCAGAAAUCAAAACCUUUAUGUUGUAAAUAUGAAUCACAAAAUAGUAUAAGAUGCAACUCAGUGUAAAUAAACUUUGUGCCUUAUUUACAGUU